AUGAAUAGAUCUGCUCGAUAUGAAACGCCAAGACGUGAAUUACGUUAUGGUUUUCGAAGUCUUAUAACUUUACUUCUGGAUGGCGGAGCUGAAGAAAAAUGUUAUAUUCUUCAAAGUGAUCGUUGGCAUAAAGAACCGAAAGAUGCAGCUUUAACCAUAGCUCACAGAAAAAAUAAUUCCUGCGUUAAAAUGAGGAAUAUUCCUGAGAAAAAUUGUUAUUUUCAAGCAAAUUCAACUGGUCGAUUUACUCAACAUAUUGAUUUAAACCGAUAUUCAACACUCAUUGAUAAUAAUCGAGCGUAG